CUUACCUUCUAUGGAAGCACUUUUUAAGAGAAAAUGUGCUUCAGCUCCUGUUUGCCUACGAUGCUGUGGGGGUGUGGAGUCUAUUGAGCAUUUACUUCUGCUGUGUGAGAGGAGAGAGAGGAGCUUCUCCAGCGAUGGCUUGUGUUCUUGGGGCCUUCAGUCUCCAUGGUAAGAUGAAACACAAGCCCAUCUUAGCCCGUGCUGGUCGGUAUUCAAACCCAACCGGAGGUUCUGUGGCGGGUCACUUGAAGGAACUGAUGAUGAUGACGACCCCACCAAAAGAUCCGUUCUUUGAAAAUGAGCCAGACGACAAUAAGAUUGAGGCCCUCGAGUUGUACACAAUGGCCCUAUCAAAGGAUAAUCCAAAGCAUGCGGCAGAUAUACCGCGUAACGAACAGGCAAAAUGGGCGGGCGGAGAAGCCCCUGGUAAAUUGUUAAUGGCGCUCGUUGAAUUGCUCUUGUAUCAGGUACUCUCCUCUCCUCUGUCACUUCACUUCAGGCCUUGUGCUUGAACCUUGA